UCAGUAGCGAAGCUGCUCAGGCGCCCAUUACUAUAUCGAUUGUUGCCGUUGCAUUAAGCGACCUCUGGAUGUAAACACGAAUCACUCGAAUUUAUAAGGGUGGAUGUGUGGUUUUGUGUGUUCGUUGGGUUUACGAUAAUCUGGACUGCUUGAGAAAUUAUGAGAUAAUAUUGUAUUUUUUUGUGUUGACUUGCUAGCAUCACUGCUGGCGUACAUUUUAGUGAACGAAGAAUCGCAUUUCGCAAUUUCAACAAUUUCCUCGUGUUCGCGUAGAAUUUGUGUCUGUUGAUGCAGUGUGCCGCAGUGGCUUCGCUAGGUUAUAUGGACAUUUUUCGUAUUUCCGAGGCACAGAAGAAAGAUAAGUUGCUUUCCUCAAGUGUAUUCGGAAGCGAGUAAGGUGGAGUGCUUGUUGGAAGUGGAAAAAGAUAUUUUCCAAAAUGCAUUCAGAACAGCAUUUCUCUCUCUGCUGGAAUGACCAUCACAGUACAUUGGUUGCAAUUUUUGAGAAUCUUCUAGAAAGUGGGACACUUGUCGAUUGUACUAUUGCUGCUGAAGGACAGUUUUUGAAAGCCCACAAAGUUGUUCUCUCUGCCUGCAGCCCUUACUUUCAAUUGUUAUUAAGUCAGCAGAAUGAAAAACAUCCUAUUAUUAUACUAAAGGAUGUCAAGUUCCAAGAACUGAAAGCCAUGAUUGAUUAUAUAUACCGUGGUGAAGUUAAAAUAUCAGAAGAACGACUAGGAGACUUCCUCGAAGCUGCAGAAUCUCUGCAAAUAAAGGGCCUUGGUGAUGGUAACAUAAGAGAUGGGCUGGAAAAAGCUGGACUCACAGAACCUCCUUCAGGUAACGCAAGAAGAGGUAGCAGUUCGCCAAUUCCUCGGAAACGGCACCACCAUAGCCACACCAGUUACACUCCUCCCCACAUGACCCAUCCAACCCACCAGAGUCAUGCCAGCCACCAGACACACGAGACGCAUAUGGGGUUACCGAGCUCAUGCGAUGAAAUGCCUCAAAAUCCACCACCAAUGCCCGAUGCCCACUCACAGUUGCCGGGUUGUGAACUGCCUCCACCUUGCCAGCCAUCCCCUUCCAGCUUGUCAACCACAUCAUCUCCUGCUGUGUCCACCCCUGCCUACAACCGAGCCCCAUGCACUCCCCUGGUCCCCAAUGUACAUGAUGAUGGAAGCGAUAUGGGCUUGAAGAGGGGGUUACCUACACAAAUGAUGCUGGAACCGAAGAUCGAGUACUUGGAGAAGACUAUAAAUGACAACUGUGUGGAAAAUUUGACAAUGCUCUACGACAUGGAUGAAAUGACUGAGCUGAAAUCUGGUGCACAACAUGGAACAGAUAGAACUGGUACCAAUUCAGGACGAAUUGGUCGCGAGCCGCAGUUGGUCACUCGCACAAGACGCUCAGGGUUGCACCCGCACGCGCACGCGCGGCCGCUGCGCUAUCAGUGCGACGAGUGCAGCAAGGCGUUCCCGCGCGCCUCGCAGCUCAAGAUCCACCGGCGCACGCAUACCGGUGAGCGGCCCUACAAGUGCCUGAGCUGCGCGGCGGCCUUCAUGGCGGCGGGCGACCUCAAGAGACACAUUCGUAUGCACACAGGCGAGCGCCCCUACCACUGCGACGUGUGCACGGCCGCCUUCAAGAAGUCCGGCGACCUCAAGAUCCACAAGCGCCUGCACACGGGCGAGCGGCCAUACCAGUGCGAGCUGUGCGAGCGCUCGUUCAUCAGCAACAGCGACCUGCACAAGCACAAGCGCGUGCACGGCAUCCCGCCGCCCGGCCAGCGCGCCCGCGACGCCGCCACCGCGCCGCCGAGGCGGCCGCCGCCAGCAGCAUUAUGA